AUGCUAACCAUUCCUUCAACACCCGUUGGAGGACAAACGGUCACUGAAACUCUAUGGCUUGAUCUAAAGACGUUCUCGAUGGGAGCUACCGGUACUAUAAAGGACCAACCUCAAGAUUGGAAUUCGGAAAGGCCGUCAGCGUUUAUCCCUACAGAUCAAUCCUCAUCAAGUCCACGAGCUCCACAGGACAUUAGGAUCUUGAUAAGGCUGUCGCAACCUAGGGAAUGGUCUUGGUGGUUGAUUCUGCAGAUUAUAACGGCAGUCGUGGGUAUUAUUGGAAAUCUCCUUGUAAUUGUCAUCUUGUUCCAGCGACGAAAACAGAAUCGGAACAUGGACAUCCUAACUGGAGCUCUGGCGACUGCCGAUCUUUUAACAUCCAUCUUUAUGAUCCCGUUUCCGAUACUCAAUCGCGUUCCGUCGACGAUAUUGGGCGAGAUCUACUGCAAGAUCGUGGCAUCUCAGUUUCUCUUUUGGGUGUCGGUAAGCGCGUCCAUUAUGACACUAACGUUCAUUCCCGUUGAACGAUACUUCGCCGUGGUUUAUCCGUUACGUUUCAAAGAAUUUCUGUCCAAGAAGAGAGUCUCGAGGGCAGUACUCUUGAUCUGGUUCAUGAGCUUCUUAGAACAUUCCGUUUUUCUGUUUACAACAAGAGUAGAGGCAUCUGAAGAGCAAUGCAUAGAUUUGUACUCAUCUAGACAGAUAAAUAUGAUUAUAACUACCAUGCUGAUUAUUCUAAUGCUAAUCAUACCGAUUGCUCUCGCUCUGAUCCUGCAGGCGCUUACAGCGCGCUCUCUUCAUCGACAGGCCCAGCUUCACCUAGGUGUGGACAAAGGGCUCAAUAGAUCUAAUCCGUCUGUGCGACAUUUCAUUGCCAAAAGGCGAGUCUUGCAGUUGUUGUUCCUAGUCACCCUUGUCUUCAUUGUGUCAUGGGUACCUUGCCAGACCUUUUAUCUUCUAUCCAGCAUCGGGUUUGUCCCAUAUACCACCAGGAACAGGUUUAUACAACACGCCUUGAAUGUACUUGCUUGUUGCAAUUCAAGCGCGAACCCAUUCAUCUACGCACUGCGCUACCCAGACUUUCGCCAGGCCAUGAAGGAACUUUGUAAUUCUGGUAGACAGACAGAAGGGCCAUUGUUUGACGACAGAGCAGUCAAAUCACCACGUGGACAAACAGAAGAAGUUAAUAAGGUGUAA